AUGGAAUGGCCCCUUGAGACACCGAGGAAUGGCCGCUAUCCGACCUUCUGGGUGGACAAGUUCUGCAUCGACCAACGAGAGUUGGCGGAUGGCUUGAGGGUCUUGCCGGUGAAUGUGAUGUCCUGCAGAAGUGUCCUUUGCUUGUGUGGAAAGACCUUUCCAACUCGCCUCUGGUGUGCUUGGGAGUUAUGUGUCCUGCUGUCCUUUAGCUCGAUCGAGCAAGCCCUACAGCAGCUGGUGGUGGUGACGUUGAGUAAGCAGGCCUUGAGUGAACUGGCGAACUUUGACCUCUCCAAGAGCGGCUGCUUCGACCCCAACGAGGAGUUCCGCCUGCGCCGCGUCAUCGAUGCCAUCGGCGGGCAACGCUUCGACGCCUGGGAGCACGACGCGAACGCGUGGGCGCGGGCGGCGAAGCGAG